GCCACAUGAGGCAUGUCCCCUAUUCUGGUCGUUAUAGGGGAAAGCAUAGUCCAGAGUCGUUCCUGCGACGCACUGCAAUGCUGCAAAUCAGGCCUGCUAUAUGUUGAGAAGGUCGAGACAGAUACCGGAAUAAAAGAGCGUAGGCUCUGAAGACAGAUCCAGUUCAUCAUUGUGAAGCACAACAUAAUGGACAGCGUCUUGGUCCGGCCUUACACAUUGCGAGCGUCCGGGACCGAUAGAGACCACUGCGAGGACCGCAAACCGACCAUGUACAGCACCAACAUACCGCUCUUCAUGCAGGAUGGUUUGGAGAAUCAUCUAGCGUUUUCCCGCUGCGACUGGAAAGAGGCCGAGACUGAACCCAUUGCAGAGGAAACGAAUGACACCAACACCCUGGUGGCAGACCAUUUGAUGACGCUUUCAGAUUGGUUUUCCACGGGAAGGAAAUCAUCCAAGAGGGUCACAGACAGCAUUCAAGGUCCCUUACUCGACAAGAGGGUGAUCGUCAUCAGUGAGAAUGACAUUCGAGAGUCUUCGCUUGAGCAUCUGUCUUUCAUGGAUGCGAGUUCAGAUAUGAGCGCUAGGUUCUCUCAGAUUAUACUUGACAUAAUUCUUAUCAUACUGUCUGCAGCUUCUGCAGAUCGAGCACACAAUGGGCCGCAGCAUCGUCGACGACCCUUACCAUACAGAGGUCUACGAAGUCUUUUGACGCGUAACAUCGGUGCAUCUUUUGUAGAUGUCCCAGAUGAGGUCAGAGCGUCCUUGAGUGACAAUAUACUGUUGACCGAAGACUGGAUCAAGGUUCCCGCAUUCAAGACUGUUCUGCAAAUCGUAUCGGAGUCAGUUAACCGGAUGUUCACUGAUCUUCCUUUCUGUCGUAACCAAGAUUAUCUCAAAAUCAAUGUCAAUUUCAUGACCAGUGUUGUCGCUUGUGCCAAAGUUAACAACCUCUUUCCUCCCUUCUUGAAACCAAUCAUUGGAUCCAUCCUCACACCCCGGUGGCGUGCUAUAUCCAAGAUGGAGAAAUCUCUUGGUCAGAUCAUACGGGAUUGGCUGUAUGCAGAGAACCUCAAUGACAAAGAUUGGCGGGGAAAGCCGAAUGCUUGUACCCAGAUGCUUGUUUUGAAUAUGGCAGCUAUACAUGCUACGUCCAUGGCUUUUACUGCGGCUCUGUACGCAUUAGAAAGGAACAAACUUGGCGCAACGUUGGGAGAAUGUUUCAGCAAUGCGUAAAGAUCUGCGCAUUGAUACAAUUUCCGGGCAUGUCGUUCACGAAACGAGCCAAGUUCAACAUCGUACACGAUUAAAACGCUUAAAUAGAUGCGAUGACGGCUCCCGGGCAAGAAACAAAGGGAAACAAGGGGUGUCGUCGUGCGGGAAGUCGAGGAUAUAAUUGACCAGUUCCUGAAGCAUAACGAGACACGAAUCGCUCGGUCUAGGGACCUUGUACGGCAUUGUCAUUAGUAGGGCGCUCUCUGUCUGCCUACAGCCUGGGUCAGCGAUAUUCCUUUUAGCGAGGAAAUACGACAACGCAUGAAAUACUGGCACUAUCCUGACAUCUGUUCCUCUAGAGAACAGCAACGAUGUCAGAGACGGGGCGAGAUAGUUAUGAGUGAAAUAAUGUACACAAU